AAGAAGAGGCCAUACUCGUGCUUCUGUGGCGAGAACUUCAUACGCCAUUCUCAUCUGACCCGUCACCAACUUUGCCACACAGGUGAGAAAGCUUUCGAAUGUCCUGUUUGUGAGAGGCGGUAUGCCCGGAAGGAUUUAUUGCAGCGCCACCUAAGAGAUGUUCACGACAAAGUGCUG